AUGGAUGUAUUCACAUUCCUCGCUCUCGACUUCGGACUUCGCACGGUCACCGUCCUUACCCCUCCCGGAAGUACUGGACUUCAAAGCGCUCUUAUCUGCCUCUGGUCUCUUAUUAGUCCCGCCUAUGGUGUUAGGAGGGCGCUUCUUGCAAUCGGGUUCCCGGAAACCGAAAUGGGAGACAGUGAGCUUGAGGAGUCCCUCAAAAAGGCGUGGCUGCGUCUUACAGCAAGGUUUACGGGCGGAAAACGAAGCGAACUGGAGAUGGCCCUCAGGUCCGGGACCCUGUGCAUGCUAGUGCCUUCCUCGGUCAGAAUCGGAUCAUCCCUAAAACCCGAAUCCGCUUUCCCGGUCAGCCGCAAAACAACCCCAAAGUCUUUAUCCAACCCGAAAACAAGUCAACUGGAGGCGUUACCUCUAGAGCCAAUAAAUACUCUUAUGACGAGUGUCCACGGUCAGUAUCCGUCCGAUAUCAGGCCCCUAUACGGCCCUUGGAAUCAGCCAGUAGACGAUGAGGCCGGCGAAGAAUUCGCAUCUCCAGCGGAAUACUCGUUGGUGAAAGUACCAUCAAGUUUUAGUGUGUUCUCCAUUAUAGCCGAGGGUGAGCCAGAAUCACUCACGCAGGCGAUACGGCAGUGGGUGAGCAACAAAGGAUCUCCGAGUGCGGGGGUGCCCGGUGAUUCCCAAAAGGCGGUUCCUUUACGGCUUUCAUCCAACGAGAGGGUGGUAAAAGCUAUUUGCACCAUCUUUCAGAUUCUUUACGGUUCUUAUGAGAUCUAUAGGAUGGGCGGAGACCAUCUCAGAAAAUACGGAUACGCUGCUUACGAAUUUACAAUCAUACCAUACCUCACCAUGUCGUUGAUGAACCUACUUGUGAGUUGCGUCAGGCCUACCUACCCCUCAAUGUACAUAGUUCACUAUCGAGGUAAAGUACCACCUGGGACUAUGACAAAGGAAGGAAAGAAACCUACAGACACGGGUCUUAGCUAUACGUCAUUAUAUGACAACCAACGGAUGACAAUAGAUGCGGAUCAAGUCAAACCCGUAUUGAGUCCAUCAAAGGCAGUACCAGUCGACAUGACUGAGGAUAGAAAUGGAAAUCAAAAUUCGGAUUACCCCAAGUACUGGUGGAGCCCAAGCGACUGUCUCGAGCUCGAACGCAACGUCAGCGGCGCGAUUGGGUACGUGUAUGGAGAUUUCACAAGGAAGAAAGAUUUGAGAGAGAUCAAGCGUCAUCAUUUUUUUGAUAUUCACACAUGGAAGAACCGAUUCUUAGAGAAUCCUAUCUUUACUCCAUUUGUUUUGACCAUUUACAUAUUAUUAUACUAUACAGCACCAUACAUUCUUAUUCAGAUUUUAACCGGCUUUGAUCGAGGCAACAGCACACCGCUUCAGCGAGGUUUUAUCAUUAUGUGGAUAGCCAGCGGGUAA